UUGUGUUACGAUCUCAGACACUUAGGAAGUAGGACCCAAUUGCACGACCCGGGAGACAGAGAUAAAGUAUUUAUCACCUUCUACGAGGAGAAGAACUUCCAGGGCCGCUCUUAUGAGUGCAUGAAUGACUGCUCUGACAUGUCCUCCUACCUGAGCAGGUGCCAGUCCUGCAGGGUGGAGAGCGGCUGCUUCAUGGUGUACGACCGCACCAACUACAUGGGGAACCAGUACUACAUGAAGAGGGGCGACUACUCCGACUACCAGAACUGGAUGGGCAUGAGCGGCGUCAGGUCUUGCCGUAUGAUCCCCAUGCACAGAGGACAGUUCAGGAUGAAGAUCUACGAGAAUGAGAGCUUCGGCGGUCAGAGUCACGAGAUGAUGGACGACUGUGACAACAUCAUGGACCGUUACCGCAUGAACGACUGCCAGUCCUGCAACGUGAUGGACGGCCACUGGCUGAUGUACGAGCAGCCCCAGUACAGAGGCAAGAUGAUGUACAUGAGGCCCGGAGAGUACAGGAGCUUCAGGGACAUGGGCAUGAGCGGCAUGAGGUUCAUGAGCAUGAGGCGCAUCACCGACAUGUGCUAAUUGUACAUUUUGACUUCAAUAAAUGAUGUAACUUUCCUAAA